UUCCUAUCAUCAUCCUCGAAGGCUCUACCCUCUACAAUUAGCUCAUCGGCGAAGUCCAAUGGAACCGCGAAGCCAACGAGCUACAGGAACGCGCUGGAACUCGAGCCUUACCCUACCCGGUACCAGAAAUACCGGGCUGUUUCGAGCAGUUGUUGGAGCAUCAAGCACGUUAUACGUUCUCAUGGAAGGGUUCAUUUCUCGCAUAUAGUUUCGAUUACAUGACCACGACCCAAGACGUAGCUGACGAGUUACCUUUGGAUGCCGCGAUACACCCCUUGAACAUGUUCGCACGACAAUUGCGGGCCUUCUUCAAUCUCUUGAGACAUGGACGCCCGACAACAAGUGUGAUCUUGAGAGCCUGGCGUGAACACCAGGUUUUGGACGAAGACUUCCAGGUUCGAUUCACCGGAGAAGACUCUGCAGAAAUCACGAGCGAAGACGGGACCGCUGAGAACGAAGCAACACCGAUCGAAUUCGUUGGUGAUGCAGAGCCGCCGAUCCUUGCAGAUGUUGUAAUCCACGGCACAGCCCUCCACAGACUUCUCAAGGAAUGUGUCCAAACGCCUCGCGAUCUGACCACCUUCGUACGCACCGAACACUACCCGGAGAACAUGCCCACUCUUCUGGACUCGGAGAUACCGGCCUUGAUCGAGAAGUUCCGAGCCUACGACGCCUUCUAUUGCUUCGAAGACUGCUACUACACACCUGGCUACAAUUUCGACUGCAUCUACACCGAUGCUCACGUUGGUGUUUCUGCGGCUGCUUCCCGGCAGGCUCUGGAGCUGUUCGCCCAGAAACUCUGGGUUUUCUUCAACGCUUCAGGGAACGAGGCGUUCACGACGAGAAUUUGCGGGCUGGCAAAGCAGACGGGCGAGGAUGUUGGGGAUGACUUCACAGGCCAUCGAAUCUCCGGCUGGCAAGACGGUUUUGUGUCGACCAACGAGAUUGAGCGCAUGAGAUGAGCUGGAAUCGCUCUACGCGCCCAAGGUCGUCGCCGUUCUUCGUCAACACGCUCCAUCCUUGAGGAUCCCCACCGUCAAUCGACUGCGCCAUAGACACCAAGAUUUCAUUUCUACUGAACCAAGCUGGGCCUUCGAAUCUGAUCCGAACACGCUGCUUCUCGGGACUCCCGUGGCACGAGCUCCGGCGCCAUCCUGUAAAGGGUAUAAUCUUUACAAGUAGACGCAGUUCACGAAUGAAUUCAUAACUGGUCUCAAUUCUUCUGCUGUGUAAGACACGCCCCAAUCAAGUAGAUUUUUGUAUCACAGAUUGCUAAUUCAGUCUCGGACCUAGACC